AGGCAAUUAGUUCAGUCAGUAGAAGUGCGCGUACUAGUCUACUCAGUUUCUCUGAGCUCUUCUAAUGACUUAGUCCCAAUAGCGAUUAAACCCCUGUGCUAUUCUGUGGGAGUCCCGGUUCCAUUUUGGAUUUUCCCUUUUUUAAAAAACAAAAAUGGGAUUUGAGUUGGAUCGUUUCAAGGGGGCUGUGGACCCAGACUUCAAAUGCAACUUGUGUAAUAAAGUUUUGGAGGAUCCUCUCACUACCCCGUGCGGUCACGUCUUCUGCGCCGGCUGUGUGCUGCCGUGGGUCGUCCAGCAGAGCAGCUGCCCGGUCAAAUGCCAAAGGAUCUCCACCAAAGAGCUCAACCACGUCCUCCCUCUGAAAAACCUGAUAUUAAAGUUAGACAUUAAAUGUGACAAUCACGCGCGGGGCUGCGAGAAGAUCGUCAAACUCCAGCAUCUGGCGGAGCACGCGGAGAUGUGCGAUUAUUCCCCUGCCAAAUGUAGGAAUAAGGGCUGCAGCGAAGUGCUCAACCUUAAAGAUAUGGAUGCUCACAUGCGUGAAUCGUGUGAUUACAGAGCGGUCGGGAUAUGCGAGAGUGGAUGCGGAUUGAUGCUCACUCAUAAGGAGCAGAAGUUGGACAACCACUGCUGUCUGAAAGCCCUCAAAGCGCACAACGGCGCGCUGCACGGGAAAGUUGUCAGCUUGGAUAAGGAGCUGAAGAAACAAGCUCUCAAAUCGACUAAAAGAGAGAAAUCGCUUUUGGCUCAACUGUCGGCGGUUCAUAACGAGCUUCAGAUGACAGCGCUGAAGUAUCAGAAGAAAUUCACUGAAUACAGCGCCAGGAUUGACUCUCUGUCCAAGAGCCUCUCUCCACCGUGUAAGGGUGGAGAGACCAAAAGCGUCGCAGCUAUACUCCAUCGUGAGUCUGGAUCUUUAGGCUUCAAUAUCGUUGGGGGACGACCAUGUGCUGAUAAUAAAGAUGGCACUUCGAAUGAAGGAAUCUUUGUGUCGAAGAUUGUGGAAAAUGGACCGGCGGAUAAAGAAGGGGGUUUGCAGAUCCAUGACAGGAUAAUGGAGGUCAAUGGAAAGGACUUGUCAAAGGCAACGCAUGACCAGGCUGUGGAGGCCUUCCGUACGGCUAAAGAGCCUAUUAUGGUCCAGGUGCUACGCCGGGCUCCCAGGCCCAAACCUAUGGGCCCAAGUGGGGAAGCACAGGUAGUGGACAUCAGCACCCAGACGGACAUCACCUUCCAGCAUAUCAUGGCCCUCAGCAAGCUGCCUACGUCCUCCCCGCCUGUGGAUGUGCUUGAGCAGUACCUGCUGCCAGAGGGACACUCUCCUGCUCAUGAAUACUUCGACCCCAAUGAUUUCCUAGAGGGCAUGCAGCAUGAGAUAGAAAGAGAAGAGCUGGAAUAUGAGGAAGUGGAAUUAUACAGAACUAAUAUCCAAGAUAAACUGGGGUUAACUGUGUGCUACAGGACCGAUGAUGAAGAUGAGACUGGGAUCUAUGUCACUGAGAUUGAUCCAAACAGCAUCGCUGCAAAAGAUGGACGAAUUCGAGAGGGAGAUCGAAUCAUCCAGAUCAAUGGCAUUGAGAUUCAGAACCGUGAGGAAGCAGUGGCUCUUUUAACCAGUGAAGAACACCCAAAUGUGUGCCUGCUAUUGGCUCGACCAGAGAUACAGCUGGAUGAAGGCUGGAUGGAUGAUGACAGAAACGACUACCUGGAUGACCUUCACAUGGAUAUGUUAGAGCAACAACACCAUCAGGCUAUGCAGUUCACAGCAAGCAUGCUCCAGCAGAAGAAGCAUGAGGAGGAUGGAGGUACAACAGACACUGCUACGCUGCUCUCCCACCACCAUGAGAAGGACAGUGGAGUGGGCCGCACAGACGACAGCACUCGUAACGAUGAAAGCUCUGAGCAGGAGAAUCUUGCAGAUGACCAGACCAGCGCCUCCACCACACUAGGCAGCCGGCGCAGGCUCGCCUACAGUCAGGACACCCUAGGCAGUGGCGACCUCCCCUUCAGCAGCGAGUCCUUCAUUUCUGCAGACUAUGCGGACGCGGAUUUCUUGGGUGACUUUCCUGCUGACGAAUGCGAGCGGUUUCGUGAGCUUUUGGAGCUAAAGUGCCAGAUGCAGAGCGCGGGCAGCAGUGGUACCCCAGAGCAGAGCUUGUUCUGGCCAAGUGGUGGCGUAGGUGGCGGACAGGGCAGCGUUGGCGAGGAGGGCGUCGACAAAGAGCUGGAGCUUCUGAAUGAGGAGCUCCGCAGCAUUGAGCUUGAGUGCCUGAGCAUAGUCCGAGCACAUCGCAUGCAGCAGUUGCGUGAGCAGUGCCGCGAACAGUCCUGGAUGCUCCACAACAGCGGCUUCCGCAAUUACAACACAAGUGUGGAUGCAAGACGCCACGAGCUAGCGGACAUCAGCGAACUCCCAGAAAAGUCAGACAAGGACAGCUCCAGUGCCUACAACACGGGCGAAAGUUGUCGUAGCACGCCGCUCACUCUAGAGCUCUCCCCAGACAAUUCCUUGCGACGUGGAAAUGAAAAUCAGGUGGAAGCAGGGGCGAAUAGUGGUACCUCGGGUGCCAGCAGAAUUCUCAAACCUCUGUUGUCGCCCGUCCAAGAGGCUUGCAGCCCUAACAGAAGUCAUCUGACCUUGUCAAAAGAGACCGAGGCUGGAACCCAGCCUGAAGUCCGAGAACGCAAAGCCGGUCGCCACGCCCAGCCCCAGUCGCCCUACAAACAUGCCCACAUCCCGGCCCAUGCCCAGCACUACCAGAGCUACAUGCAACUGAUCCAGCAAAAGUCAGUGGAGUAUGCCCAAAGUCAAAUGAGCCUAGUCAGCAUGUGCAGGGACCCCAUCGCUUCAGCUGACUUGGGACCCAAAAUGGAAUGGAAAGUGAAGAUCCGCAGUGACGGUACACGCUACAUUACCAAGCGGCCUGUCCGGGACAAGCUCCUGAAAGAGCGAGCCCUACGGAUCCGAGAGGAGCGCAGUGGGAUGACUACAGAUGACGAUGCCGUCAGCGAGAUGAAGAUGGGACGUUACUGGAGCAAAGAGGAGCGCAAGCAACACGCCGUCCGUGCCAAAGAACAGCGUCAACGCAGGGAAUUUAUGAAGCAGAGCCGUAUGGACUGUCUGAAGGAGCAAGUGGGCAGUGCUGAAGACAAGAAGGAGGUCAAUAUCAUUGAACUGAGUCACAAAAAGAUGAUGAAGAAGCGGAACAAGAAAAUCUUUGACAACUGGAUGACUAUCCAGGAACUGUUGACCCAUGGUACAAAGUCCCCCGAUGGGACACGUGUGUACAACUCCCUACUGUCAGUGACCACAGUGUAGGCUCUGUAAUGUUCUGUAUAUAGGACACUACCGAUUGGGGUAGACAAUCCUGCCUCGUUCAAUGCGGCAACAUUUGUAAAUAGGAAAUAUGAAUGCCUAGUCUGAAGGAACUUUGCCAUUUGCCAAGAGAAGGUACAAUGAGAGUCUCAAAGAUUGAAUAGAAUGGAUUUAUACAAAUGAUGAGAAGGUGUUUUCUUAUUUGCUCUGUUCAUUUCUAUGUUACGCUUGUGGUUUUUUUAUAUUCUAUUAAGUAACUGAUUUAUGACCAUUCGGCCUCUUUAAAAGGUUUUGGAAAACAUCACAUCACAACCAUCUGCAUUUUUAUUUUCUUUCAAGUAACUAACAGUCAGCAGUAUUGUACUCUUUAUGCAUACAUAUUGCUUAUUAAAGUAACAGAUAUUUAGCUUAAUGGUCAUCACACAGAUGUUAUUAUAUACUUUUCAGAGGGUUUUACAACAAAAAUAAAUUUGUUUUACAAACUUUAAAGAAAAGGUGCAGUUUUUCAUAAAGUUCAUAUUUCACACAGCUACUGUUACAUUGGACAUGCAUCAAAGCGCAGCCAUUUAUUGAAAUCUAAAUCUGUUUGUAUUAUUGUUGAUAUUAAUGUCUGUUGUAGACAAAGCCUUUUGUUUAGGUCUCCAUUGUAUUACACAUCCAGAUAAUACAGUUUAACAAAUCAUUAGCUAGAAACGCAAUUUGAUGUCUUGUAAAAUGAGAGAAAUAAAUAAAUUAUUGUUUUAUAUUUGAUGAGCUUUCAAAA